AUGGAAACUUCUCCCAGUUACUUCGACGCGAAGGAUCUGAGUGAGAGGGAGCAGUACCGUCGUUACAGGUUGGGGCACCGGCUGCAAUCCCUCUUUCCACAUUUUCAUUUUCAGGUCUGGGUGAUUGUGAUGGGGAUGCGAUUGGGAGUUUCUCGCUUCCGUCCCUGCAUUUAGAGAUCCAUCUGUGGGUUGAUUCGACCACAACGGCGAAAAAUGGUAGCAUCAGCCGGGUCGUGUUCUACGUUAUAGUUGCCUUUGGUCCGUCGACCUGUAGUUUCGCCGGGCAUAAUUGGAUAUAUCGCCCUUUGUUAUAGUGAGUCGUAGAAUUUUCACUCUUAGGCUUGAAGUGGCAUUGCUUGUUUGCUUACUGUGCCCAGGAAGAGGCUCUCGUCUUCACCCUCUCCGCUACUCCACCUUAACUCUGGUUCGAAAUUCGCCCAAGCCCGGCUUCUCUAUGACGACAACAGCAUUCAAAGGCGACCCAAUGCUGCGCUUCUUCUUGAAGAAAUCAAGCAAGAGGUUGACAGUUAUGAGGCCGAAGGCUUUGAAGGAGAAUUUAGAAUGCCAAUUUCGUCAAAGAGAAGAGCUUCCAUCGAUGCUCAUUCAUCCCCCAGGCUGAACCUAGGUUCUGAAGCGACACAUCACCAUGCUGGCCCACCGCUGACAUCCAUCAAGCAAGAAGAUGAAGUCUCAGUUGAUGCUGGGGAGGAGGCAACAUUCACUAUGUUUGCUUCCCUCCUUGAUUCUGCACUUCAAGGUUGGAAAAAUCAUUGACUGCAUAAAUUUUUCCCUGCACUUCAAGGAGCCAUGAAACUGUGAACUAUGACAGGAACAUGCUGCUUGUACAUCAAACAUUCUGAUAUGCCACUUGUGUAAACAUGAAUAUCAUAAUUUACUGGGAAAUUCAGCUUCGAACUUCCAAUCCUUAAUUGUCUGCGCAAGGCUUAUGAUUUUAAUAGCAUUGUUUCGGUUUAUCAGACUCUGAUAUAAGUGAUCGCCACAUCACUGGAAAACUGGAGAUAUUUGGUAAGUGCUUGUAAGUGUGCGUUUUGUUUUGUAAACAUGUUUCUGGAGUGGUGGCCGUAUGCUGUUUGGGUUAAAUUUAAAUAACUUUUUAGAAUGCUCUCUGAGCUUGAGGAUGAUUGUUUCUCUUUGUGUCUCAAGGACGGCUAAUUUUAAAUUGCUCCAUAGGGCUUCUUUUAAAGGUGACAAGGGUGACAAUGCAUGCGACAUAUAUACAUAUAUACAUAUAAUAAAUCAGAUUCGAAAUGAGUUGUUUGUACUCACGAAACAGAAUAAACGAACCUUGAAAGGGGUUCUAGAUAUCGUUGCUCAUAAUUUGGGUUCAUCACAAGUUGCAACUGGAAGAUGUUUAAAAAUAGGAAUAUUUGGUUCUUGUAUUUUAAUUUGAAUAAGAACCGUGCUUUCCUUAUUCUUCAAUAUUGAUGAUAAAAAAUUAACACGUUCAAAUGAUCAGAUAUUUUGUUCCUCAUUCUUGUUUCUUUUCUGUUGCAGGAUUACUUCCAUUUGCUGAUCUGAUCUUGCGGUUCAAGAACACAUGUCGAGAUGUCUUUGAAUCAAUUAGGUUGGUUAUGCUUUACUUAAGUCGGAGUGAUUCUUCUCUUUAUGCAUACUGUUCCAAAGAUUCAUCUGCAGUUGUACCCGCAGCAGUUCUGUAGUUGUUGGUUCUUUUUACAAACAGCAUAAAUGACUUUUAUCACCAGCAGUUUUCAUGUACCUUGGGACUGUUCCAUUUGGUUCUCUUUUAUGACUUAUAUAAAUCACACACUAGAUGCACGCUGGAUCAUUCCUCUUUCCCGUGGUUGGGACGACGAUAAUCUUUUUGCAUAUUUUCGUAAGUUUCUUUCGUAUCUUCCCAUGCUUAACCGACUUUAACUGAUUUUUAAUGAAGUGAUGAAAAUUCCCUAUAUGUUAACUGAACGAACAAUAUACACAAACUUUAAAAGGCAAUUUAGCCAUUGUUUGGUAGUUUCUGGACAAUGAACAAUUCAAUCACUGUUCACUGUCUUCUCCUAAACCAACAAAACCUGCCCUGUGCUGAUUAUUCUUUCAAUUGGACAUAGUGUGGGUAAAUAAAUUACAGUUAUAAAACAGGAAAACAGUGAAAAUUAUAGAUAAGCCUACAUUUAUUCUACAACUAAUCUUCCAAUUGGACAGGUUGUGUGUUUGCCUGUUACGAUAACAAUUCUAUUCCCAUGCACGGGCAAGCUCUUUGCCUGGUUUGAUCAGGAAGAUAUUGUCUCCUCGGUCUCCAAGCCAGGGAAAUGAUGGUACACUGUAAAUAAUAACUAUUUAAUGUCACAGUACCUCUUUGAUUCUGGGAUAGAAAAUCUACCUCUUUCUAUUAUUUUUCUAAAUUGUCCUAAGUUUAUGAAGAGAACCAUACAUAUCAGCGCGUGCUAUUUAUGAUUCUUCUAAUUUCUGAUUUUAUUUCAGAUAUGGAGGUAUUGGGAGACAUCGAGUUGUGGAGGAUAAGUUAAUGCGACAAAAAGCUAGGCUCCUACUCGAUGAGGCAGCUUCUUGGUCACUUCUUUGGUAUCUCUUUGGGAAAGGAAAUCAAUCUCUAACCACUUAGUAUAAAAGUUCCAUCGAUUCUGUACAAAGUGUGAUUGAAAUGUAUCUUUAAUUAGCCGUGCUUGAACACCAUUUUGUCCUUAUCUUAAUUUACAUUGCGGUGCCAAAUUUCCCGUAUGGCUGAUAAUCUGGUAAAAGUACAAUCAUCAUAGGACAGGGCAAAAAGCUGUUUCAAAAUGUUCCUAAUUAUUUCUUUUUUAACCUCGCCUGUUGGAAUUUUUUAUUUUUAUCUGCACUGGAUGGAAGGAAAUUCCAGGCAGGCCGUUGGACAUUCUGCUCCAUGAUGCAGUUCAUCUCAUUUUCUCCUCUUGUGUUUAUAUCCCACUUGUUUUUCUGGAAGGUGGGAUUAGCUACAGUUCAAGUUCCCACAGAGUUGCCAGGUGCAAAUGACAUUGGUAGAUCACGGUCGUUAUUUGAAUGGGUUAUUUUCUAGAUUGGUGAUGCUGGAGAGGAUGUUUGGAGUUGCAACCGAGUUUCUAGUUCAGAGCUCCUUCCGUUGGCAUUCAGUUUUUGGUAUUAAAUUUUGUGGCAAAAAAAUGUGGAUCUGAAGCUCCUGUGUACUGACUUAGGAUUAGGUGUGUAAAAAUGUGGAUCAGGUGUCUAAAAACCUUCAUUAAUUUUUGUUAAUCUGGCUGUAUCUGUGGAGGAAAAGAGAUGGUUUUGAGGUUUUCUUGGAGCUCGAGGUGUUUUGGCUGAGGCUGAUGAGGCCUGUAACAUUGACUUGACACUGUCUGAAUUAUGGAGUUGCACAUCUGAAGUAAGGCAGAUAUCCGAUUUUUACUGAUGUAGAAACAGGCACUAGUGUUUAGUAUCAUGCGCCUGUUUAGUUGACGCCUAUGUUUCAUGAUUUGGUCUUGUCAAGAAAAAAUCGCUGAUCACUCGGGUAGUGAUUAUUAAUAGAAGACGGAAGGCAAACAGGAAACCCUGUUGAAUAUUUGUUAACCUGGAGGAGAUACGUGAUCAAGUCAAAUAGGGUUGAACUGCAGAGGCAUUGAGGAUUUAUAAUGGAGGUGCCAUGAAUGUAGAUAGGGCUGCUCAGGUUCCCUACUGAUCAAUUUCAUCUUUUUCAUAAGUUAUGAUCAUACAAGAUUCAGUACCUCUUGAGGCUACACGAGCUGGUGCUGUUGUGAUGGUUUCAUAUGUCUUCUAGCUCAUUGAGGGUAUUUUUGUUUUUCUGGUACUUGAGAUGCAUAGAGGCACGAGUAAUGGAGAGUAUAGGCGAGCUCUGCCAACUUUGUGUUAUUUUGGCUUCUCCUACUCCGGUGAUGACAUCAGUUUCAAAGUUGGAGAUCGAGGGAGAAGAGGAAGAGAAAGUUCAGAUUAAUUGGUUACUAGCUACAAGGGUAGAUGGAUAUUUUGGCUUAGUCCACUGUGUUGAUGCAUUCAAAUAGAUGUGUGGUUCUCUGUUAUCAUUCGAGAUUCUGUUUAAGGAAGGUGGUUUUACACAUCAUUAAUGUAUAUAGGAUAGUGGUGAACAUAUGAGAAUGAAAGGUGUAAAAAAUAAAUGAGAUAGUGUAUGAAGAUUAUAUUUAACUGUGUGUUCUUGGCAAAAUAUUCAAAACAUUUUGUGAGAUACUAACGCCAAGUUGGAGUAUAAAUGUAAUAUUUUUAAAAAGAGGAGCUUUGGGAUAGAAUAUCAGCAGAUCUGGUGGAACUUGUCGUGAGGAAUAAGAAAAAAAGAAUAUUUCAGAACGAAUGUGGGGAUACUACACUGGAUAGCCGGUCGAGAUACAUAUUACCAUUCAUGUCCCAUAAAUAUGCUUCAUAAAGCAAAUAAUUCUAAAUAAUUUUUGGGAGAAUAGAUAAUAUGUAGGGAUAGGAAACACGGUGCUUUUGGAAAGGGCAAACCUACAGGAUAGGCUAGGAGAAGAUCUGGAGAGUUUGUUCCGGGGAGGAAAAUUACGAAUUGUCCACUCUGUAGAGAUUGUUUUUUUUAGGAGAAAAAAUGCACUGAGAUCUUCUGUUGGGUAAAAAUCAAUAUUAUUUCUUGAAUGUGACAGCUACGUUAUUGUGUUAGCCACUCCUACUUUUCCAUUCUAAGAAUCUUGGUGAUCUGUUGCUGUGCUAAAAAUCCCAACUAGACACUGGUCUAAGUGGAAUGACUAUCACUGCCUAGUUUUGGGCCAAUGUGUGCGGUAGGCAUUUAUACUCUAAGAAUCUAAAGGAGGCCUGCUCUUCACUAUCUUUUUGCUUGUUGGAUUGGAUAGAGAAACUUGUUCGUUGGUGGUUGCAAUAAAUAUAUUUUAUUUUUGUUAAUGGCCUAGAAGAGCUUCUUUAAUUUUGCCAAAAUUUAUAUGCAACGGACAAAGUGCUUGGAAUUGUACUUCAUCAAGUUUUUGAGGACGUAAAAGUUACUGGUUAAAUGUUUUAUGCUUAAAAAAAUAAAUUAUAUUUCCUCUUAUUGUGGUUUGCCUUUCAGAUUUUUUAGUGUCAUAUGCUAGGUCGGUUGCUUUAGUUGACAUGUUUUCAGUGGGAAAAUUGUACUUUACUUGUGUAGUCUAUUCUUAUUAUUAUUUCAAUAGUUAUGCUUUAGAUGUUGAAAGAACUUAUUUACUGUUCUGCAGGGAACGAGGAACCAUCUGAGGAUUUGAUUCUGGUAACUUUUGAUGAUCGUCUUGUAACUUCUUUGUAUAUAUCUUGAGUGGUUUUUAAUGGUCUCUUGAUCUAAUUGUUCUGUGUUUCGAUCUUUUCAUUAUGAUUUAAUUUACCAGUCUCCUGCUACUUCCCAUCAAGAAGCUUGCCAAUUUGUAGCAAACGACAUUACAGCACAGCUUUGUCUUCGAAUUGUUCAGUGGUUAGAAGGAUUAGCUUCAGACGCUCUUGAUUUGGACAAGAAGGUAUUGACGAAUUCUCAUGGACAUUUUCUUGUAUGAUGCAAAGUAUCAAGAAUUCUUUCUUCUCCUUUAGUCAAGUAUCACCUGUGUGAAGAAUAAAAACCAAAUUUUAGUUGGGUCUCAUUGUAAAUCUGUUACUGGCUGGAUCAUAUGUACUGGUUUCAGUUUUUUUUUUCCAUUCAUUUAUUUAAACAUACAUUAUAAAUGUUUCUGUAUCCAGGACAGACUAGACUGCUCUCUAUGUUAGAAAUGUCUCUUUAUAUAAACUUAAAAGCUCCCUUUUUUACUACUUUUGGAAUGCCUCUAAAAAACGUUCUCCAGUUGCCAAUCGUUGGAAUAAAAAAACUGCUUCUUAGAGCAUUUAAUUUGUCAAAAUCUUGGAAAACCGGCAGCAUCUUAUACUUUUCAAACUUCUGUUUAACGUGUUUCACAUGUUGCUGAUUUAGAAUGAAAUUAGGCAGUAUCAUAUGCCCUUCUAUCUUGGUGUAUGUUCAAUUGACUAAGAUUAUUGAUAAAUUGUUGUCUUAAAUAUAACAGUUCAAGCAUUAGCUGGUUCCCAUUUCACCGUCCUUCCAUGAGAAUUUCCCCUGAAUUGUACAUGCGCCAUGGGAGUCCUUAUUCAACAUUUACCAAAAUUCAGGACAUUGGCAUUUUUUUCCUGCGUUCUAGAAUUUUUUUUUAACUUUGUAGUUUUUAGGACCGAGUUUCGGUUUUUCUUCAUGUAACAGGGCGUUUAGGAUGUUUUUAUCAAUAAUUUCAGAUAGGAAUUAAAGAAAAUUUAAAAACUUGCAAUAGUUUAUUAGUUUUUAAAUUUGUCUGAUUUUAGAAACAUUUUUGCACAAAUAACAAACUUUUAUCUGCACUAUUUAAUUUCCAAUGUAUGCCUCCAUCACAGGUAAAAGGAUCUCACAUUGGUUCUUAUCUUCCAAGCUCUGGCAUUUGGCAUCACACGCAGAGGUACUUGAGGCGAAAGAAUGAUGACCCAGCCAUAAUCCAGCACCUGGAUUUUGAUGCUCCUACACGUGAAGCUGGACAACUACUCUUGGAUGAUAGAGUAUGUUCUUUAUUUUAUUUAUCAUAUCACAUUAUUAUUUAGAUCCUCUUGUUACUUCCUGUCUUCUGUCUGGCAUCAUUGAGAAAAGUGUUACGAGCAAGAGCACUCCUGCGGCCUAUAGGAUGAGAUGAAGAAAAGAGAAGAGGAAAGGCAAUCAGGGUCAUGAACGCAUGCUUUUGCAUGCUUCAUUCAUGACUCCUUGAAUUCCGCUAUUUUGAAUGAAUUACGUGAUAUGAGAGAGGAGGCACUUCUUUAUUUACUUCAAGGGGAUGGGGAGGCAUACCCCAAUGUUAAUGUCACAUGGAUUCUGGAGAACAUUCCGUCGUUGAGUUGAAUGACUAAAAACAGAGUGUCGUUUUACCGCCUGGAAAAAUAGUCUCCAAGUUCAAUGGAAAGAAAAGGAGGGAGUGAGCCAUCUAUAUGAGAACGAAAUGUUAUCUCAAUGUCAGUAAAAACAUGGGGGGAAAGCAAACAGAUCUGUGUUAUUAAAUGUAGAAAAAAGAAGAAAGAAGAAAGAAAGGAUCACAAUAGCCAAAAAGAAAAAAGAAGAAGAAAGAAAGACGCAUAGAAGUUGUGUUAUCUGGGAAAAAGUGACGUUGAAAUAUCGUGAAAUUAUAGUGGCUUAUUCACAUCUGUCUUCAAAAUCUGUCUCGCUUAUGUGAUUGCAGGUGUUGGUAGGUGAUUUUCGGGAGGAGAAAUCUAUUACAAAAGAAUCAUGAACAGUGGUCCUCGUUAGAAAUAGUCAUGAUUUAGGGGAAAAAAACAGAGAUGGGGUAUGAGUGGAGAUAAGAAAUGGAACUAGAGCAUCGGUAAAUGGAAAGAAGGGGAGUGAGAGUCCUUGCAGGUGAUAGAUUUCUGAGAAGUUGAAUUUCUGAGUUAAGUAACUUCUGUGGUUUUGUAGGAAGGCUCGAUAAAUGAUAUAAAUGUUAGUCCAGGGGAGUGAAUCAAAAUGGCUGCUGGAUCCUUAGAAAAAAAGAAUAAAGGAAUUUGAUGGCCCUGGAAGCGCUCAGGAGCUUGAUGAGUGUUUGGAAAGAGAAGAUUUCUCAUUCACGCUUCCGAGGCCUGUGGGCCGAUAGGUGCUUUUACAGAACUGGUUAUGGAGGGGGUAACGGAAGAAAAUAACCAAGUCAUGCAAUUUUGGUGCUCGUUUAGUCAUGUGAAAUGCAGUUUCAACUACAUGACGAUCUAUCAGAGUAAUUAAUAAUGAGAAUUUGAACAGGUUCGGCCUCAUCUGACAUCCCUACAAGGGGAAGUCAUUUGAUAUCCUGAGCAAAUAGGACAUCUAAUCUGUAGAGAUAUUGGGGCUUCUGAUUGCUUUAUCAUAAAUGAUGAGGGAGGCCUGGAAGUCAGUGAAUAAUUCAGCAAAGGAGUGUCUACAUCAAGAAUUUGCCAGUUGUGGGAGGAAGAUUACUGCCUCCAUUCUUGGUUCUGGCUUGUAGUGGAGAUCUUGCUCAGUCGGGGAUCAAGAGAAAAUUGUGAUGGAAAGGUCACGUCAUCUCAUGUCCUCACCUCUGGGUCCCUUAUUGAUUCUAUUACAAAAGGGAAAGUCUGCGUAUGACUUCUAUAAGAAUCCGCACUACUUGAUGACAAUUUCUGCUGACAUCGAAACAAAAAUAAAGUUCACAUGACUUUUCAAUGGGUUACAGUUCAUUUGUAAAUUCGUAGGAUGAGGUCCAUCUACAAUUGGUGAGAUGAGGCCCAUUUUGAUGUAUGAAACCUAUUUGUAAAUUCUCAGGAUGUGGUUCUUUGGGAAUUCACGAGGCGAAGCCUAUUUGAGAUCUUUUAGUAUUGAUGGAUCACCAAUACUCUUAGAGGUUCUGGCUCUACUCUUAGAGGCGAAUCCUCUUUUUCUUGAUGGAUCACAUUUCCCCAAUGACCAUUUUCCUCUAAAAUACUACACAAGGUGGUGUCCCUUGAUGACUAAUUCGUCCACGUUGUGGAUGUUGUGCUAAUAUUUCGGUAGAAUGGUCGUCCUAAGGUUCUGGUCAUUUCUCGAAAACUUCAACUCUGUUAGGCAUGAUUAUGUUGGUGGGGUUACUUCUUUAGUAUCCUUGGUUGGUAGGUGGAUGCCGGUGGGUUUUUGACCAGUGGAUGGCUGCUGUUGGGCUCUGUGCCUUGCCCUCCACCAAUGGCGUUGCCAUAGUUGGUGGCGAUGCAAUUCUUCACCACUGGUUUCUUUCCUCCAUUUCCCGGUUCUUCUUUUUAUAAUGAAGUAUUGUUGGAUUUCCCUAUCAAGAGAAGGACAUGGGGGUUCAAAGAUCUUUUCAUAAAUGAUCUGGAUAGUUUUUCAAGAAAGCUUGCACUAGGAGCAUGGAUCUAUUUUUCAUUGAGAGUGUUUAUUACUUUUUGAGUAUUAGUGAGAAAGAAAAUGGAUAGAAUAUGUAUCUUCUCAAUUUUUGUAGAGUCUAUCCAUUAUAUCCUUCUAUAUUCUCCUUAAAGUUGUCUUUGUCACAAUUCGAAAUAUAUUUGUUCAAUCUAUUUCUGAUGAAUCUUUCCUUUGUUUUUUUCGUUUUCUGUGAUCUGUGUUGAUGUUACCUCUAGAUACUUCGUUUAGAUGAACAUUUAGUAUUUUACUUUCCAACACCAUAGUGUAUCUGCUUAUCGACCUUCUAUUGGAGUUACUUUCUUCGAGCGCCUGAUCCAUGCUCUGUAAUAUAGAUAGAUAUAUAUUUUCUGAUUCUGCCUUCCCACCAGAAACAAGAGGAAUCUCUCCUAGAGGAUGUGUGGAUUUUGCUGAGGGCUGGAAGGCUGGAAGAGGCAUGUGAUCUCUGCCGCUCUGCUGGGCAGGUAACUACUCAAAAUACAGGUCUUUAAGUCCGAAGCUAUUUAAAAUUUUAUUUUAUAAUUUCCAGUCUCCACUGUAGUCUUGGCGUGCUGCAACUCUAUGCCCUUUUGGUGGAUUAGAGCAAUUUCCUUCAGUUGAAGCUGUGGAGAAGAAUGGAAAAUCCAGAGUCUUGCAAGCCAUUGAACUUGAAAGUGGUGUAGGACAUCAAUGGCGUCUUUGGAAGUGGGCUUCCUAUUGUGCUUCUGAGGUAAGACUUGCAUGACCUGACAAGGAGCUCUAUCAUUUCCGAACUAGCUUAUUUUUAGCUCUUUUAACUUAUUCUUCUGUGUCUGUUUGAUAUUUUAUUGCGAAGUAUGGUUAUUGUUAUUUAGUCUCCCUAAAUUAGCAAAAUUGAUUUGUUAAAAUCAAUGCUCUACCGCAUGGCUUAUGUUUUGUUAAAAAAGUUGAACGGGGCUGGUCUCACCCGGAUCUGUCUCCACAGGCGAUGCACUAAACGUCACGCCAGACAGACAACAAGCUAGAGAAAUGAACAACGGAGAGUGAGUAGUACACACCAUAGCACAUACCAGCAUAUGUGGAAAACCUCAACACGUGUAAAAUCACAGAAGAAGAAUGAUACAUCUAACGAAGGAAUAUUAUGCUUGACGUAUUUGAACUUCGUAUUCACCAUGCCACUUUAUAAACUCAACGGUUUCGUUUUUUCCUCUCGUUCCUCUUAUUUACAUAGAUUAGAGGAAAAGAUUUAUUUUUCUACCUUGUAGAGAACCAUGUCGUCAACGUAAAAAAUAUGAGGUACAAUCCUCACAUGUUUCACAAACACACACACACACGCACAGACACACACACACACACACACACACACACACACACACACAUAUAUAUAUAUAUGUGCAAGCUUCUUUUAAUAUAGGUCACUGUAUAAAUUAUACCAUCCAGUAAAUAUUUGCAUUUUUUUAUUUACUAUUUUUUAUGUGCUAUAUUUUGGUUUAGGAUUUUCUGCAUACAUUUCUUUAAACAAUUGCAUAUGCUUGCUGAGACUUGCCAACAAUUCGCAAUAUAUCUCUAAUUUUAAGGGGCAGUUGAAUGGAACCCACGGUCAAAUUCCCAGCAUUGAAGAAUAUUCUUAAAUAUCAAUUGAUAUCUCUCUGCUCAUAUUUUUGCCUCGGAGAAAAUAUCCAUUGGGUGUUUCAUGGGACACCAGCAAGCACUCCGGAUGAAUCCAUUUCCUUGCAUUUGAAUUUGGACACUCUUGUGCACAAUUCUUUUAGCCAACAUAAUCAAUCAUUACUUGAGGGGACUCAUAUAUGGCCACACUUCUAUUACUCAACAUGUUUCUUAGUCUGUUGUAUCUCAAGAAGACUUAUUUAGAAUAAUGUGAAGACUGUAGAUACUUCAAAGCAGAUUUGAAGUGUUUUACCAUUCCUUCUAAGCAAUGGGAUAAUCUGGGCCUAAAAUGGAGCAGAGAAUGGGAGUCAUUGAAGCGACAUGUGUGAUUAGUCAUGGAAUAUUGGUUCUCUUCAAGACAUUAGAAGUUCUCUGUCUCGGAAAUGUCCCUGUAAAGAUGACAAAGCUCUUCAUUUGCUGAAGCAAGUUAAUGUAUAAAAGCAAAAUAGGAGGAUUGGUUGGUGCCUCAACAAGUCCUCUGUCCACUAGCUUUGGAGUUUGGAUUAAGAGCGUUAUUUAUGGAUCAGUAUUGUGAAAAGCAGUUACACCAGUUGUUUGACGUGGUGUAUUCGUUCUACCAACUGUGUUGUUAUUUUUCCUGUUUAAAGAAAUAUUCUUCCGUGAUCUGACCUUGUUUUUGCCUUUUCUAUUAUAAUGAUUGGGGGUGCAAAUACCUUGUGUUUUUAGAGCAAGAUUGACACUCUUUUGAAGAAGUAUUGCAAUUGAUGUUGCAAUAACAAUUUAGCAACAUAUUAGCUCGAUAUGGCAACUUAUACCUUGAUAUUGCAGCUUAUUUUGUUCCAGAUAAGGUUAUAUUCCAUGUAGUUUACUUUUGGUUUUGCUGGUCCCUCGGUACCUUUUCUUGUGACUUGUGCAAUCAUUGUCUUAAAAUGAAGUUGUAGCUUAUGCCAGUGUCUGUGAAAAUACCAAUGGUUGUCUGGGAUAUUUUCUGGUUUGUGAUCCGUUUUCUCCAUGCUACAAGAUCUGUGAUUUUUUACUCCUGCGGCAUGCUAUACAGCAAUUUCUGAUUGGAAAUCAUUGAGAUUCUGGAAAUAUUGUCAUCUGUGUAAGGGACCACAUAAUUUAUAUGCUUUUGAUGGGAGUUCAUCUGCUUGAUUUUCAAUGUUAUCUGAUUAGUGGCAUCUACUCACUUUCUUUGUAUUGUUUAAUUAUGCUCCUGCGAAAUUGUUGAUUUACAUUUUAUUUCAAACUAAGGUCAGAACAUCAAAUGGUGAACAUUGACCUGUGCUUUAGUAACCGGCAUAGUAUACUGAUUUUUUUAGAUAAAAAUGUACGAAAUGUUUACCUGAUAGAAAAAAUGUGGACCUUAUUCCUUAUUCUUGCGGACGGUUGAUAUAAGCAGAUAUGUCAGCUGCGCUAAAAGUGCUUAUUUCGUUAGAUUGGAUCCUCAGAUUGGGUUUCUCUCUUUUUUCCAGAAAAUUGCGGAGCAGGAUGGGGGAAGAUAUGAAACUGCAGUGUAUGCUGCUCAGUGCAGUAACUUGAAACGUAUGCUUGCUGUGUGUAAUGAUUGGGAGGUAAUUGUAUUUAUUUUUAUUGGUUAUCUUGUUUCUAUAUGCAUUUAUUAUCUUUUCUCCAUAUCCAUUAUUUUUUGGCUUGCUGUUUAAUUUUCUUUGUUUGUGUUAUCUUCUAAGAAGAAUAAAAAGUGUGACUCUACCUUGAAACAAGUGUAAAUAAUCCCAAACACAUCUUUAUCAGACAAUUUGCUCUAAGUAUUUAUCAAACGAUUUAUGUUCGAUUCAAAUUGGUUUUUCAUGUCUGACUGAUUGAUCGGCUGAGUCAGUCUCCGCUUGUUGGGAUGUGGGCAAGUUGCUCUGUUCCAGAGAAUCGUGAUGGCCUAUAUAGGUCGUAGCGUUAAGUGAAAUGAUCUACGUCUUCAAAUCUUGUCAAGGACCAGAAAUGAAAUCAAUUUGUUAUUGUAGGAUCUGUGUACUAAGAAAAUGCCUUGCAUAUCAAACAUUUGGUCUGAUGACUCAAACGUACUCAGGCCAAAUCAUGCCAUUUUGUUCAUUCUUCCUGCUUACUAAGUCAUUGUAUGGAAUAAGCUGAUGGGUUCUGACUACACAAGGAUAAGGCCUGAUGUUUUCGGUUCAUUAGACUGACUGGCUUUCACCAAGUUAGUGGUAGGACUGUGUAAAAGCACACUAUAUAUUUUUUGUUGUUCACGUUUACCAUUUAUUUUAUGUAAUCGAUUUUAUUUAUUCAUAAUUUUAUCUGCUGGUCUCCAGAUAAGUCUGGUUCCCUCUUAUUAUCCGCCUUUGGAUGAUCAGAUCUGGCCAGGAACUAGGAUAGGCCAUGGCUGAGUCAUUUUGCCUGGUUCAUUUCUGUUCUUCAUCCAUUGAACUAUAUGGGUUUUGUUGUUUGUUUAUUCCCCUGCUUAAUGUUCUCUAUCCUUGAAAUUUGGGUCGCCAAUGGCUAGUUGCUUGGGGAUCCUUGGAUUAAGCACAAUCCCGUUGAGAAAACGGUUGUCUCGAGCUUCUCUCUUUCAAAAUGGCGAAACUGUGGAAAUUAAAAUGAACACUUUGAAGAAGUUAUUCUCUUGAAAAAGAGGAGUUGAUAGGGUCAGGUGAUCUCACUUGGUCGACUGGGACUUCCCAAGACUGAUAUUACCAAUAUCAAAUGUAUAGUCAUGCAGUUAUCAAUUCUUUGGUGAACGAGUUUACGUGCAGUCCUGCAAAUUUUCCUCAGUUCCUCUAUUGGUUUUGUUCUCACACUUGGGCCCUGGACAGUCAACAGUCGAUGGCUCCAAUUGCUGGCUCUGUUUGCCUGUGUUCGGAGACAAAUGCAGUAAUCUCUCCCUUCUUCAACUCCUUCAAGGCUCUUUUCUUCUUCUUUUCUAACUCUCUGAUCUCGUCUCCCACCCUCUUCCUCCCCUUGAUUUCUUCUAUAUCUUUCUCUAUCCCUCUACUUUAGUGUUUACCUAUUUCUAUUGGCAUAUCCACACAAAUUCAUACUGCUGUAAAGGGUCAUCCAGGUUAUUGCAUUUCAAGUUACAAAUUGGAUUUGGGGAGAAGUUGAAGAAAUGCAUGGAAUAUUGGAUCUUGAAGGGUUAAAUAUAUUAUCUUGGUUGUGUCUGAAACUGUAGGAAUUUAAAUGUCUUAUACUUAUAGAAAACUAUCAUGAAACGAAAAGAACUGUAGGAAUUAACUAACCUUUCACACCUGCUGUAAAUGAAUGACGGAAAUGAGGUGGUAUGUUGCGUAAAUGCUUGAGCUUUUAUAUGUUACGGUUAAUGUUCUUGUAGUGGCAUGUACUGAUGGCAGUUGUUUCUGGGAUUUCAUUCUCUCUAUGGGGACUUAUCUCACUUGUAUUAUUUUUUCCUUCGACUGUGAUGUGCUCAGACUUGGAGAAGUCCGCCAUUGGUCCUGUUACCAGCCCUAAUGGUAGUUUUUUUGUGAUGAACCAGUCAGCAUGCUGGGCAAUGGCAAAAUCAUGGCUUGAUCUACAAGUUGACUUACAAUUGUCUCAGUUUCAACAAGAAAGAAUUGAACCGAUGAGAAAUUAUGGGGGUGAUGGAAAUGGUAUUUCUGAGGAAGGCUUAGCUUCACAAUCCUUGGCUGAUUCAGAAAGCUGGCCUCAACAUGUUAUUGAUCAGCAACCAAGGGACCUGUCUUCUCUUCUUCAGAAGCUCCAUUCGAGGUACACAAUAUCUACACACUGACUCUGCCCAAAUAUCGGUCUGGUUUAAUGGAAUGUUGUGCUGCUGCAGUGAUAUUGUACAUGAUGCAGUUUCUAGAGCGUGCAAAGAACAACAUCGACAAAUUGAGGUAAAGAAGUUCCAGGCUGUUUGUGAUUUCAACUCCCUCGCUAUUGUUCAUUUUUAUGUCAUACAAAUCUCAAUUAAGUUGAAAAAUUCUGUCAGUUCAUGCGUGAAACCAAACUGUUGUGAGUAUACGUUGCCUUUGAUUAAGUUGACAGAAUCUUACGAAAUUAAUUAAAAACACGUCAUUUGGACUACUGCUUUAUAGAUGUUAAGGUGUUUUAUAAGUUUUUAACGUAAAAUCACAUUGUUGAAACGAAUUAGACAGUUUGGUUUAUUGAUGGUUUACUGCUUCAUGGUAUAUUUCAAGUUUCUUAUUGUCUUUGACUUUAAAGAUCAGAUCACGAAUGACAAUUUUUUUUGUGUGGCCUAUGUUUUUUUCAUGCAUUUAUAUAGGUAAUAUUGCGUGGGUAAUUAGGAAGGAAAUACUGAUUCAUUCUUUGUAUUGUUCUCUUGAACAUGCCUUGCUUGUUUUGUUCUGAAAAAUAUCUGAAUGUUUUUGGCCUUCUGAUAAUGUUGUUUUGUAUUUUAUUUCGUCUAUCUUUCUAUUAAACGGUAUCAUAGGCUUUUAUUGGUACCUGGCAGAGCUCUUGUUUGUCCACCACGGAAUUUCUCUUUACUGGUCUGGCAUAAGGUUGCAUCCAUGGUGUAAAUGAUGAAUAGUCAUCUGAAGCCUGCUGGUUGUCUUUAAUAUAUGCUAUCCGGACUCGUUCUGAUACGUAACCAUAUCUCAUGACCCUGACCAUGCUUUUUUCAACUUAUUUUGACUUGUAUGGUGAUGUGAUAUCACACACUCUGGUACGGUCCCCGUAGUUGAAUCCUAAAUCAGCUUAUUCAGGACUUGUUCAGCUUAUCUCUACUACUAUGUCUGUGAUUUAUUCUCUUCUAUGGCAAAAUCAAUUGCUGAAGAAGUAACAUCUACUUGCCUACCUUUCCUGGCAGAUGAAUUUAAUGACGGGGGAUAUUGCAAAUCUAUUGGAUGUUCUAUGGUCGUGGAUUUCUCCAGCUGAAGAUUUUCAAAAUGUUUUGAGGUAGUGGAACCUUCUUUUCUAAUUUCAUUCGAAGGAGUCAUCUGGGUGAAGAUUUUGGAAGUUAAUUAUGUUUUAUUUUGAAAUUUUGUCGAUAAAAGUGUUGUUUGAUUUUGUCAGGCCUCAAUGUGAUCCACAGAUGAUUCGCUUUUCGGCACAUCUCGUUCUCGUUCUCAGAUAUUUAUUCCCGGAUGAAAUGAAGGAUACUUUCAAAAAGAAGCUUAUGACUGUUGGUGAUUACAUUCUUCAUAUGUGAGUGUAUUCACCUUGCCUAGUACAUCUUUCGAAAAGUGCACAAAUUCCUGGUGAUACAACUUUUUCAUUUGAGGUUUAUGUACUGGCAUAUGAUUUAACCGCAGAUGUCUGAUGCAUUAAGGCACUCACAGUUGGUUUAGGAGAGAAUGAUCUAGCAACAGAGGCUUGAAUUGCAAGUCAGAUCAAGAACCAUUUAGAAAUAAAUUUGUUGCAGAUAGGUCCCCCUAGUAAAGCUGCACCUCCCAACUUUUACUUGACUGAUGUAGGUGUAACGGGUGAAAUCCUGACGAAGCUUAACUAAUCAGACUUGCCAUCGAAACAUUCGAUUGGGUUCGCUACUUGCAACGGCUCCCAUGUUUUGGGUGCAUUUUGUGCUGAUAUCAUCUUGCGAUGUGAACUUCCUUCAGCUAGUAAAUUGUGCAUAAAUUUUUUAAAUCAUUGCCAAAUAUGUUAUCAUUCAUCAGGACUGGUCAUCUUACUCAGCUUUAUCCCAUCACUUUAGGAAUAAUAAGAUUCCAAUCAAGUUAAGCAUAUUGAAGAUGAUUUCCUUUUUGCCUACAUAAUUUCAGGUAUGCAUUAUUCUUAUUUUCUAAGCAGCAUGAGGAGUUGGUUGGUGUUUAUGCCUCUCAGUUAGCUCGUCACCUCUGUAUUGACCUCUUUGUCCACAUGAUGGAAGAAAAACUCAAUGACAGGUAACCUUCCUUCUUUUGGAACUGUGAACAUUUUUCGUGAUUUCUUAUACAAGUGGUGUGAAAUCAAUGAAAGGUAUUUCUUAUAAUUUAUUUUACUUGCAUUUCGGUUGUGCCCUGAGACUUAAUUUCCCAUAAGAUUUCCCGUGAAACGUGUGCACUCUUUCAUACAACGUGUUACAAAAUGUGAUUUAAUAAUAUGUAAAGAUCAUUUUCAAUAUUUGUAGUCUUAAGCCAGCCGGAUUUAAUUCCUGCUGCGUGAAUUAUGCGUGAUUCUGACAAUCUUCCUAUCAUAAAUCACUUGUAACAAUGCUAUUUUUGGUUCUGAUGACAGCCUUCAUGUUAAACAUAAAAUCUUUCUUUCUGGCAUACGAUAUUUGCCUUUCUCUUCUGGGGAAGACUCAAAAGCAUCCUUUGAGGAUAUUAUUGAAAGGUUAGUUCAUCAAUCAUUAAAUUGUUUCCUAUUACUGCUGAAUAGAAUUCUGAAAUACGUGCGUAUUAAAGGAAACUUCUGUUGACAGGGUUCUAUCCCGGUCUCGAGAGACGAAAAUCAGGCAAUAUGAUGGUGAAUCAUCUGAUGUCGCUGAACAGCAUCGCUUACAGUCCCUACAGAAGGCCAAUGCAGUCCAAUGGCUUUGCUUCACACCACCCUCCGCUAUUGGCGAUUUUACAGUUGUCAAUGCCAAACUUCUCAUGAGGGCAUUGUUUCAUAGGUAUUUUUCUUCUACUAUGCAGCAGUAAACGGUCAACCAGUCUUUUGGAACAACCUCAGCUUGUUCUAUUCCUAUCGCAUAAACUUGUGCGAAUUUUCUAGUAUUUCAUUUUAGACAGGGGAGUAGCCUUUUCUCAUCUUAUUCUAUCAUCCUCUUGUCCAUUGGUCGUUCUUUGGAGUCCAACACUCUACAUCAUGGUUGACCAACUGUCAUGUUCUAGAAAUUUCCGUUGAUAGAGAACCCUUGAAUUUGAUUUCAAUUUCGUCCAGAUAAUUUUGUCAUUGGACGAUUCGUUUGUCCUUGUUAAUUUUUGAGCCUAUAUAGUGGAAAUGGUCUUUCUGAGCAACAUCUUGAUUCUCUACCUGAAUAAGAUGCUUCUGUCUCCUCUUCCUCUGACAAAGACUACCUUUCAUGUAUCACUUCUCAGUUCUCUUUUAAGAUUGUCAUGUUUUAAUCCCUCCGUAAUUUCCACCUUGAAAAUUGGAAUCUGUUAUUUAGUUCAUCUGUCAAAAUCUCAUUAUUUGUAUAUCUCAUAAAAUGAGACAUGUCAUGGUGAACAAUGCUGUCGACUGCUCUAUAGCAAGGUUAAAAACAUUUGAAAGAAAAAUCAACUCUGACCUGAAUUGGCUGUAUCUAAGAAGUAAUUUAUUUUUUUUUCCAGAAAAUUUCCUCCAAUUAGUUUUCACUCUUACAUAUCCGCAUCUAUAUCUAUGUGGAUUGUCUUCUCUCUGUUAUUCAUUCAUGUAACCUCCUGUUAUUACAUUAAUGCGCCAAUUUAUUGGUUUAGUUUUGUUUCAAGUUUCCUGGUUGAUCUCGUACAUGCUAUCAUUUAGUAAUUUUUUUGUUUUUUUUUAUUGUAGUAACAUUCUUUUUCGGGAGUUUGCUCUGAUAUCAUUAUGGAGAGUUCCUAAAAUGCCAAUUGGAGCUCACAAGUUACUGAGCUUCCUUGCGGAGCUUCUGAAGCAACCAAUGGAGACCCUUCUUUCCCUUGAUGAGCAAAUUGUUACUUCGAAUCUUCAUGAAUUUGAAGACUGGGUAUGCCUCAAUGUCCCUAUGCUUUUUCUGAUGAAAAGCUUCCUUUUUUUUCUUUUUUUCUUUUUUUUUUGGGUUCUUGAAAGAUUUAUUAAAAAAUGGCUGCCAUAGCGGGUCAACUCGACCUGAAAGUCAACGAUUCCACCCCCUAGAUCUCUUCAGUGAACCACAUUUUGCCUCGUCCACUGUUUCGGGAUGAAUUAUUGUGGCAGAUUUCCUCUGGUGUUCAAUUGCCUUCUUGCCCAUUUUAUUGAAACCGAAAUUUGUAAACCUGCCUCUUUCUCCUCCCAAUUCUUUUUCUCCCAGACAAAAAUCUCAAACCUUUUUACUUCAUAUUGGCCAAUUUGGCUGAGCUGAUCCCAAUUCAAGGUUGAAUGGAACCAACCAACCUCUCAGCUAGUCUGCAUCACCGUCCUCCUCCAACUGUGUUUUUGCCUGCCGCCGGUAAAUGAAACAGCCCGGGUUGUACAAGUGUCUGGGAGCUUUAGUCUCUAACUUAUUUUCCAAUUAUUUCAUAUCAACGCAGAGGGAGUAUUAUUCAUGCGAUGCGACAUACAGAAACUGGCUCAGAUUUGAGUUAGACAACGCAGAUGUCCCAUCCAGCGAUCUUUCCCUCGAGGAAAAAGAGAGAGCGACAGCAGUGGCCAAGGAGGCUCUAGCCGCAUCACUCCUACUCUUAGAAAGUGAGUCGGUGGCUUGUGGGCAUUUCUGCAAACAUUACUUCUGCCUUAGUUUUCUGUUCGUUCUGCUUACCGCUUUCUAUGUUUUCUGCUUGAUGUGUGCAUGAUUUCUAUUGACAUCAAUUCCGAGUAGUGAUAGAUGGGCCAGCAACGCUUGCCUCGUUUCCACAUCAGCUUUCUGUACUUCUUUGAUAAAUCUUGAUCAUUGUUAAGAUUAUUCUAACUUCAGUGGCCGCGUUCUUAUCAUGUUCCCUGAUCAUUCAGUUUGAUCUCAUCUCCAGGUACUUACCGUGAUGCAUGGAGCAAUAUGUGAUGGUGAUAAUCAUAGUAAUAAUAAUAAUAAUUUGAUUUCCGCAUUGAUACUGAAAUGGUGCAUGAAGAUCGCCUGUUCAGUUUUUAUUUCCCUGUUCAUUUAGUUUGAUCUCAUCUCCAGUUACUUACCGCGAUGCAUGGAGCAAUAUAUGAAGAUGAUAAUCAUAAUAGUAAUAAUAAUAAUAGUUUGAUUUCCUCUUUGAUACUAAGAUAUUCAUGAACUUACAAAGCAGGAGAGGAAGCUCCCUGGAUGUCCUCGGCUGAGAAGAGUGCGUGCGAUCCGUCCGAGCACAUGUUCAUCGAGCUAGAUGCUACUGCGAUGCUGUGCCUGGCUUCUGGUGAAUGCCUGCGCCCCGACGCAGCGUCAUGCACUACGCUGACCAGCGCGCUGUAUGGCUGCGUCACCGAAGAGGAUGUGCUGAAACGGCGAAUGAUGGUCCGUGAUACAACUGUUUCUUCUUCCCCUGCCCCAGAAGACGAUAAUACCGCUCCUUUUUAAAAUUGUUUGAAAUAAUGCCAGAUUAAUGUCGCCAUCUCUCCAAGAGACAGCUACUGUGUGGAAGUCUCUCUCCGAUGUCUGGCAGUCGACGGCGAUGGCCUCGGCUUCCAUGCAGCCGACGAUGGGGGUAUCCUUGCUGCCAUCAUCUCAGCCGGCUUCAAAGGUAUUUCACCAUCUCUCUCUCUCUCUCUCUCUCUCUCUCUCUCUCUGCAUGUAUAUAUUUAUAUAUCUUUGCUCUGGACUUGUGAACGCAGGCGAACUGAGCCGGUUUCAAUCGGGGGUCACCCUGGAGAUCUCGCGGCUGGAUGCUUGGUGCUCAGACAGCGAGGGCUCCCUGCAAUCCCCUGCUACUUACAUCGUCAGGGGUCUCUGUCGCCGCUGCUGCCUCCCCGAGCUCGUUCUCCGCUGCAUGCAGGUGAUGACCCUCUCCCAUUCUCUCUCUCUCUCUCUCUCUCUCUCUCUGUAAAAUAAUAAUAAUAUAUAUGUAUAAUUAUCUGUUUAUUAUUUAUUUAUUUAGAUUUGUCUUUCCCUCGCCGAAACCGGGGAGACGUGGGAGGAUCGCGACCGUCUGGUGGAGCUGGUUGCCUCGAGCCGGUCUGGGAUGCUCGGUCUGUUCAGCCGGCAGCAGUUGCAGGUAUGAGCGCGUUCUCUAACCCGGGCACCAACGGGAUUAUUAUUAUUAUUAUUAUUAUUAUUAUUAUUAAAAAAUAAAAAUAAAAAGACUUUUGACCCGUUUGAUCUGAUAUCGCCUGCUGCCGUAUGUAUGGUUCUCCAGGAGUUUUUACUCUUCGAGAGGGACUGCACGUUGUACAGAAUGGACCCUCCCGAGGAGGAUUCCUAG